AUGGACAGAGAAACACAGCAAGCAGUCUUCACUCAUUUCAUCAAACCAUUCCUUUCAAGAAAUGACUCAUCAGAUCCUGGCUGUGUCUCUUUUACCAGAGGUAGUAAAGACUGGCUACAAGCAAACCUUGGCAGCUUCUCCGGUUUUGCAAGCCUGCAGGAUUUGCAAGCCCUCAAUCCCAACUUCUCCAGUGUGGCGCAGUUGACACUGAGUUCAGGGGCCUCGAACGACACAGACCAAAUCGACCGUGUGUUUGAGCGACUUGAGGAGGGCAACGCGCUGGAAAAUGUGGAUGAAUUCCUGACACAGCUGACUGCAAACGGAAAGGUCCCUGACUUCCAACCUGUUGUGAGAGAUCGUAUAAUGAAUAGGACCUUCACCAUCAUCAGUCCCCAUUUCCAGCACUUCAAGGAAAAACGACUGGUCCGUUUGGUUCCAUCUGAAACUGGUUCCUAUCCUCCCAAUGUGAGUGGGAUGGCCAAAGCUUUCCCUGAAAUGCCGUUGCAUAGACGACAAGGAAUCACAGAUGUUCUGCUGGGCUACCUGAGAAAAUCUGCCAGUGUCAUCAACGAGCCAGGUGGCCGUUGUGGACUCCUCUCACCAAACCAGAAGGCUGAGCUGAUCCUGGAUCCAGACAGCGGCGCUUUGGAAGAUGAGGCCAUCAUAAGGAAGGUGUUCACAAGCUUGACAGAGUCCCCUGAUGAUGAGCAGCUCAAACUGUUUUUCCAGGCUUUCACAAACAUCAACAAGCAGCAAAACAUCACCAUCAUCACAAAUCCAGGCGUACGGGACACCAUCUUGAACCUGACCCUGACAGCCCUUGCUGGUGAAUUUGAAGACUUUGAGGCUGAAGACUUUCAGCUGUGGUUCCAGGUCAAUUUGGCUCCUGUCAUGGCGAGCCUCCGUCCUGACAGCUUGGUGGUGAUCCCCAGUGACAUCAGCUGCGCAUCCUACGCAGCUAUACUCACUGGUCUUCAGCAAAGUUUGAAAUCCCUGCCACUGCACCUGUCACAGGGCGUGAUAUCAAGCAUAGACUCACUCAAGGAGACAUUCACACGUUGCUCAGUUCCAGAUUCCUUCACGUGCAAAGAAACCCUGGUUGAUGAGGACCUCAUCUGUGCUGCAGUCGACAGAUCACAACUGGAACAAACCCUGUCCAGUGGCAAUUCCCCUGAAGCCCUGUGCAAUUUUACCAUCACUCAGCAUGCCUGUUCCUCGGCUACACAUCUCACAGCCAGCAACUUGGUCACACUGAUGAAAUGCUCACUAGAAAGCCAAAGGACAUACCCGGUAGAAGUCUGGAAGCUUUUCUUCCAAAAAGCUUCUACUGCACUAGAGCAGGCUCUUGAGACCUUCGCCACCAUGGCCCCCAACAACAGCAGCCCAUCCUUGUCACAUGCUCUCGAGGCUCUUGGAGAGGUGAGCAUUGCAAACUUCAGCCAGGCACAACUGCAGAGUGAUGCCUUUGUCAGACUCUGGUUCCAGACAAAGAUUGGUCCGUUUUUGGCCUCUCCAUCCCCCAACUUCCUAUUCUGCCUUAGCUCCAAGAACUUCAGCUGCCAAUCGUACCAGACAGUCAUCCAGGCACUCAGCAGGCAAAGGGUAUCCAUGGACAGAGAAACACAGCAAGCAGUCUUCACUCAUUUCAUCAAACCAUUCCUUUCAAGAAAUGACUCAUCAGAUCCUGGCUGUGUCUCUUUUACCAGAGGUAGUAAAGACUGGCUACAAGCAAACCUUGGCAGCUUCUCCGGUUUUGCAAGCCUGCAGGAUUUGCAAGCCCUCAAUCCCAACUUCUCCAGUAGCGAAUCGUUGUCAGUGCUCACUCCUACUCAGGUGGCGCAGUUGACACUGAGUUCAGGGGCCUCGAACGACACAGACCAAAUCGACCGUGUGUUUGAGCGACUUGAGGAGGGCAACGCGCUGGAAAAUGUGGAUGAAUUCCUGACACAGCUGACUGCAAACGGAAAGGUCCCUGACUUCCAACCUGUUGUGAGAGAUCGUAUAAUGAAUAGGACCUUCACCAUCAUCAGUCCCCAUUUCCAGCACUUCAAGGAAAACGACUGGUCCGUUUGGUUCCAUCUGAAACUGGUUCCUAUCCUCCCAAGUUUCAGUCCAGUGAUGCUCAAGAAUGCAACCACAAACGUAAACUGCACAAGCUACCAUGUCGUUGUGAGUGGGAUGGCCAAAGCUUUCCCUGCAAUGCCGUUGCAUAGACGACAAGGAAUCACAGAUGUUCUGCUGGGCUACCUGAGAAAAUCUGCCAAUGUCAUCAACGAGCCAGUUUGCAGGCAGGCAAUUCAGAAUGAUGCCGAGUGGCUUGAAGCAAACUUGGGUCCAUUUUCCCAAUACACAACAUACUCUGACCUCAAAGUCUUCAACAUCUCUGGGGUGACAGUACUAGACUCUCUUUCUUCAAGACAAAAAGCUGAAUUGCUUCUUGAACCAAACAACUUGUCAAAUGAAACCCUUGUGAGACUUGUGUUUACAAAACCUACUGUGUCAUCACGUGUGGAAGACCUUGGCUCUUUCUUUGACAAAUUUGUUAGUGGUGCUUCAGAGCAAAACCUGACAACCAUUGACCCAAGAGUGCGUGAUAUCAUCCUAAAUCUGACACUAAUGGCACUUAGACCAAAACUACCCAUGCUAGAUGCUGAGGGAUUCAAGUUAUGGUUCCAAGUUUACCUACCUCUGUUCCUCCCAAGCAUUGGGUCAAGCACAUUUGAAGUUAUUCCAGGAAAUAUCAGCUGUGACUCCUAUCAAGAGAUUGUCAAAGGGUGCGACAAUGUUUUCACUCAUCUCUCCAUGAGGCAGACCCAACAGGUUUUUACGUUCAUAAUGGACUAUCUUAGGAGACAUUCCUGCUCAGGCCUCUCGUGUGUUGAUUCUGUAAAUGAUGACAGAUGUUGGGUCGAAGACAACUUUGGUCGGUUCCGUGUGGAUGCCUCCUACAUAGAUUUUGUGACCUUGAAGAACAAUUUCAAUGGAGUGGAGGUUGCAGAUCUUCUCACUCUCGGUCAGCUGGCCCAGCUCACAGCAACUCCUUCACAGCUAAAGAGGAUGCAAGACGUGACAAAAAUCAUGACAGUCAUCAACCCUGUUGACUUUGGUGCUUUCUUUGACAUAGUCUCACCAGCCAUUGAGGUCCACUCAGCCAGCUACACAGAGGAGGUGAAAUCUGCCCUCCUCCAGGAAGUAUUUGAUAGAGGGAAUCUGUCCUCUCUAGCUAUCAGUGACACAGAGUUCCUGCUGUGGCUCAGGGUUCGACUGAGCCCUCUCCUGGUUAACCUCUCUCCCAGCCUGGUGACACCUUUAUUUGACAUUGGGAAGAACAGAAGUUGUAACAGCAGCCAAGAGAUGAUUACAUUGCUGGACACACUACACGUGACACUCAGCAACACCACCCAAAGGGAGAUCUACAAAAGCACCCUCCUCUUCCUCCAAGGUCCAACACCCCUCAAGUGUUACAGUGGUGGAAGCUUCUACAUCUAUCUGAGAAACACUUUCCGCAGCUUUGGAUUUCCAGAUUUGUCCAUAUUCACGUCUCUUCUGCCAGAGACACACGAGUCAGAGCUCCUAAGUACCAUCAGUACCUCAGAGAUGCAUCAGUUCCUCAGUCAACCCAAUGUGAUUGGUAACGACUCUGACAUCUGCAUCAUCUUCAACAACUACAACAACACUCCUGCCUUCCUAGAAACUGAGGAUGUUCCAGAUGAUGUGAAGAAGGUGACCCUCCCCUGUGUUUGGCAUUUGGCACUGAGUAGCAACAGCAGAUCUGAGGUUAAUUCCUGGUUCGACAUACGGUUGAGGAACUAUUUUAGAUUCCUCAGCAAGAGCCUCAUCAGCUCCAACAAAGUGCAGAAUGCUUCAUGUCUCGCCUUCCAGAAACUAGUCUCUGUAAUGGCAAACAACUUCACAUACAACAGCUCUGAGUUUGGACAGGGUGAUGUAUACACCACCAUCAGGACCUACUUGACAACUGACUCUACAGCCAGAUGCUACAAUGCCAGUGAUUCACAACUCAAUUCUACCGCUUGGUUUGUCAAUUACAUCAGCAGCUUUGUGACAUUUAUCACUCUGGAUGAUCUCAUCACCUUUAUCUCCAUCAGUCAAAGUGAAGUGUUCUUGGAGGACCAAGCCAACCUGGAGCUCUUUAACAACACAGCAAUCCCAAAAAAUGUAACCAAUUACUACAUCUCACAGCUUUUUGCCUUCAACCCAACCUUCAGCCCUGUCAAGCUUCCAAGCCUUUUCCUGUGCUCCCCUGAGGUCCCAGGUUUAGCAUAUUCUUCUGUGAAUGAAGCUGAUACCAUCCUCAUCUUGAAUGAGCUGAAGCAAUUCUGCAAUGGAACAGAGAAUGCUGAGGUAUCUGCCGCUCUGGCAUCCAACAUCCAGACCAUCACAGCAGAGACGUUUGUGACCCUGGGCAGUGCCAGCGCAGGCCUGACCAGCAGUCAGAUCACUUCAGUUGCCCCAUCAGUUCUGGUUUCCUCUUUGUCCACCCUGGGCUCAGUCAGCACUUGGAACCAGGAGCAGGCCACCACAAUCAUCCAAAUCAUGACUGCCUCAGGCUUCAAGAUCAACAGUGGAUCCUCCCUGGAAUCCCUCGGCACACUUGUGGCUGGAGUUCCUUCAGCGUUAGUGGAAAAAAUCCCAGCUUUUGAGCUACUCACCAUCUCCCAGAGCAGCACCUUUGUUUCCAACAUGCUGGCAGCCCCAACCGUUGUCCAACAGACCUUCGUCAAAAAGAUCAUUUCUGUGGACACAAGUCCAGAAAAAGUGAUAGUGAAUGUCCCUGAUGCCAUGGCAACUGAGAUCCCACUAUCCAUGCUGGUAUUCUCUGAGGAGACUGUAGACAUCAAUGUGAUUAACAGAAAGGAAUGGACGCGAAAUCAGGCUGCCAUGCUUUUUGGGACACUGGGUAAAACAAACUUUGACAUCGAGCAGCUUUCUCCUUCUGUGCUGCAGGGCUUCACGUGCACGUCAGUCCAGAGAAUGACAACAACCAGGAUCCAGGGGCUGAUCCAUGCCUGUAGGCCGAGGAGAGGCAGGGCCAAGGUGGAGCUGAAGGAGUCACAGCUGACUUGCAUGUACAACCUGCUCAAUGGAGAACUGUCCCAAAACUUCACAGAUUAUCCCUCAGACAUGCUUCUCUACUUAAAAAACAAAAAUGUCAAGAGAGCCAACUGCAGGUCAUACUUUUCAGCAGUGGGUGCUGCAGACUUCUCUGUGGCCUCCAGCGUUUUGACCAAGGACUCACUGCUAUUCAAUGAAGCCAGGACCUGCUUGGGAAUAAGUGGUGUGAAUCUGAGCAGAGACAACGUGGAGGUGCUGGGGAACAUGGCCUGCACUCUGGACAGCUCUUACAUCCAAAACGCUGAUCCUCUCAUCCUUGAAAAACUCAAAGCCUGUAAGGACUUCUCUGACAGCCAGGUGGCUGCCAUGGAGACGCUGCUCCUGUCUGGGAAAACACAAUAUGGGAAUGCCAACACCUGGAACAAGCAAACACUGGAAAACCUUGGGACCCUACCUCUAUAUUUCACAAGAAACAUCUGGGGCCAGUUCAAGACUACAACAAAGAGAGGGUUCCUUAAGACCUUUAUGCCCCAACUGAGGAAAACAAAGACACAGAAGAGGAAGCUUAAGGUGCUGUUUAAACAGAUGAGCGCUUUCAAGAUAAAACGAGGAGCAGGCUGCACUGUGGGCAACAUCACCCAGGUGACAGUUAGUGAUGCUUCCUUCCCCUUCGGCUACGACCAGACGCAAUUUGACCUCUGCCUGGACAUCCCUGUUCUGAAGGACAACCUCUACUCUAUCUGCGAGAAAGUAGAUGACGAUGACUUUCAGCAAAUCAUUUUGAAGAAACUCAACCAGGCAUUCCCAUCGGGUGUUUCUGAUGAGGAAGUUCAGCUGCUCGGUUCAGUGUCUCGUGCGGCAUCACUUGAUGACAUCUCCAAGUGGAGCAUCACCAAAAUUGACACCCUGGCAGCACUCAUGAAAGCUGAUGAUGGAUCAUGGGAAGCAGCAAAGAGCAAAGCAAUCAUCACCAAGUAUCUGGAUACUUCUGGGAACUCGCUGGGCAGCACUGAGCUUAACAGUAUUGACUCCAACCUGUGCUCAUUAGACACCAGCACACUGAAGACCAUCACCCCAGACAGUAUCAGAAAUGCCAAACCUCUGAAUGUGGCGUCAUGCUCCUCUGAGCAGAAGAGAGUCCUGUAUGAGAUCAGUAACACUUCCUUCAGCUCACAACGUCUCAGUGCCAGUGCCUAUUACAAUUUAAUUACGCCCUAUCUAGGUGGGGCACCUCUGUCAGAUGUGGUAGCACUGUCAUCCCAGAACAUCAGCAUGGACGUAGACACUUUCCGUAGUCUGGAUCCUAACGUUAUCGCUGGUUUAACCGUGACCAAUGUGCAAGGCCUCAUGGAUAAACAGCUACAAGAUCUUAAGGUGUUUGAGAACGAUACCGUGAUUCAGACCUGGGUGAACAUGCAGCUGCAGUCAGACCUGGACAGACUGGGUCUGGGCCUAACCACCAACAGAACCGACACGACCACUCCACGACCCAGCUCCAACAACACCACGAACGCUACUACAUCAGCUGCAACCAGCACUGUGACACCAACACAGGCAUUAUCUGGAAAUACAAGCAGCUCAAGUACAACACGGACCACUACAGUGACAACAACACAAGCUAACUUCACAAGUGGGGGAGCAGAGCUUGUAAAACACCAAACAGCCAUAUUCCUGGCUGCUCUUCUGACAACUGUGCUACAAAUACUACAACCAGCCUAAAUAUGUUUGUGACUUUAGCAUCCUAAUCAAUAAUCAGAUAUGAUUCAAUUAAGUUUUAAGUAUUGCUCACCUCUUGAGAGUGAGAUUUGUUAAAAUAAUUGUUAGUGUUAUUUCUUCAGAGCUAAAGAAAAUUGCUUCAUUGCAACUGUUUAAUUUCUGCUUUGUCCCAUCUCUUCAUGUUGUAAAACUGUGUUAUUGAACAAUCACAGGAUUUAAAAUUAUGUUUUAAGUGGUGAUCUGGGAUGUUAAACUGCAUCUACUGGGAUUUUGAAAUUCUUAUUACUAAUAAUAACAUUUAUGUUCAAUCAUUAUUAAAAGCAAAAUAAAGAGUACAUGAAAAACAAA